AUGCGCUCCUCUGCAUCACCACUUCGUCUCCGCCGUGCCGAUUCGCAGUACCCUUCACGAGCCGGUAACAACAACGCCGCCGUAAGAAGAUCUCAUCGUAUGGAAUAUUUUCAUUACUAUCGUAGUUGGAUGUACGAUAGAACGUAUCCAGGAAGACGUGGACUUAAACCGAACUUUGAGGAAGGAGUUAAAGGGUUUAUCACAUGGGCUUUCGCUCAAGAAUGUUGUCUAAGCGAAGGAGGAGUAAGAUGUCCUUGUCUAAAAUGUGAAUGUAGACCUAUAAUUAGUGACCCGGAGGAAGUAGAACGUCAUUUGAAGAGAAGGGGUUUCAUUAAAAAUUACUGGGUUUGGACAUAUAAUGGAGAACAGUUGCCGAGUAAUGUACAAAGGACUACGACUACACAUGCUUCUAGCAGUCGAUCACAUAUGGAACACCGGGAAGAAUUUAGUUUGAUCAGUGACAUGGUUGGCGAUGCUUUUGGGGUUAACGUGACCUAUGAUGAACCUCAAGACUUCGAUCAGGAAGAGUUGCCGAAUGAGAAAGCUCAAAAAUUUUAUCAAUUGUUGCAAGAAAUGAAUACGCCGUUGUUUGAAGGGUCGUCAGACUCAAAAUUAUCGAUGUGUGUGAGAUUAUUGGCCGCCAAGUCCAAUUGGAAUGUUCCUGACCAGUGUUUGGAAUUCUUUGCAAAAAUGAUGUUGGACGCAACUCCUACGAAAGACAACCUUCCCACAAGUUUUUAUGAUGCAAAGAGGUUGGUGUCGAAAUUGGGUUUAGAGGUAAGAAAGAUUGACUGUUGCACUAAUGGUUGCAUGUUGUUUUACGAUAAUGAGUUUGGUACUAAUGAUGGAUCGUUGGAGGAAUGUAAGUUUUGUAAGAGUCCGAGAUACAAAGUUCGCAGUAAAGCCAUUAACCGUAAGCAAAAACAUGUGGCAGUGAAGUCCAUGUUUUAUCUGCCGAUCAUACCAAGGUUAAAAAGAAUGUUUGCUUCAAUGCAUAGUGCAAGUCAAAUGACAUGGCAUCAUACAAACCAAACAAGUUCGGGCACAAUGCGACAUCCAUCUGAUGGUGCGGCAUGGAAGCACUUCGAUAUGAUACAUCCUGAUUUUGCAGCAGAACCUAGAAAUGUCAGACUUGGACUAUGCUCUGAUGGUUUUACUCCAUAUGUCCAAGCGUCUGGAAGUGGAUAUUCUUGUUGGCCAGUUAUUGUUACCCCUUACAACCUCCCUCCUGAGAUGUGCAUGACAAAACCAUACAUGUUUUUGACUUGCCUCAUUGCAGGUCCAAAGAGUCCAAAAGCUGGAAUAGAUGUGUAUUUACAACCUUUAAUUGAUGAUUUGAAGAGGUUAUGGAUUGGAGAAUGGACUUAUGAUAUAUCUUGCAAACAAAACUUUACUAUGCGAGCAGCCUUGAUGUGGACUAUAAACGACUUUCCCGCAUAUGGCAUGUUGUCCGGUUGGGGGACACAUGGAAAAAUGGGAUGCCCGCAUUGCAUGGAACACUCUCAUGCGUUCACGUUGGAAAAAGGGGGGAAAAGUUCGUGGUUUGACUGUCACCGCAGAUUCCUACCGAAAGAUCAUGUCUUUCGAAUAAAUAAGAAUGACUUCAAAAAAGGCAUAAGAGUAACAGACUUGCCUCCCCCUCGUUUCUCACCCGGUGAAGUAUGGAACCGAGUUAGUGAACUGCCAAAAUUCACAGAUUAUGGUAAAGCUUGCAGAAUUGAAGGAUAUGGGGAUACACAUAACUGGACAAAAAGAAGUAUUUUUUGGGAUCUCCCGUAUUGGAAAGAUAAUUUGUUGCGACAUAAUCUUGAUGUUAUGCAUAUUGAGAAGAAUUUUUUUGAUAACGUGUUUAACACAGUGAUGGAUGUUCAAGGUAAAACAAAGGAUAAUGAGAAGGCUAGAAAGGACAUGGAGAUUUUGUGUAAUCGAAAGGAGUUGGAGUUGAAGGUUAAACCGAAUGGGAAGUUACUAAAACCCAAGGCUAAUUACAGUCUAACUUCCGAAGAAGCUAAAGCGAUUUGUCGAUGGUUAAACGAAUUGAGAAUGCCUGAUGGUUAUGCGUCAAAUUUAGCAAGGUUAUCUCGCAAAUAUUAA